CUUUUGAGUCUAAACACAAGUUCGGAUCAGGAUUCUUUCAAAUGAGAAUCAAGUUGCCUCCAAAAGAUACUGCUGGAGUUGUGACAGCUUUUUAUUUGACUUCGAAGGGUGAUACCCACGAUGAGGUAGACUUCGAGUUCCUGGGGAAUAGAGAAGGAAAACCGAUACAAAUUCAAACAAAUGUCUUUAACAAUGGUCAAGGAAAUAGAGAACAAAAGUUUGUUCUUUGGUUCGAUCCAUCCACAGAUUUCCACACUUAUGGGAUUCUCUGGAAUCCUUAUCAAAUUGUGUUUUACGUGGACAAAAUUCCAAUACGAAUAUUCAAAAAUAACAAAAAAUAUGGCGUAGGAUAUCCAUCAAAGCCGAUGACAGUGAUUGCUAGUCUGUGGAACGGUGAGGGAUGGGCAACAGACGGUGGAAAGGCCAAAAUUAAUUGGUCAUAUGCUCCUUUUAAAGCCAAUUUUCAAAGUUUUUCUGAUUCUGGUUGUCACGCGGAUGGUGGGAACAUUAACGCGGAAGCAUGUGGUUCAACAACCUACUACUGGAAUACGAUCCAAUAUAGUAGGUUAAGUGCAAAUGAAACUACGGCAUUCAAGAAUGUGAGAGCGAAGUACGUGACAUACGAUUAUUGUUCUGAUAAGCGUAGGUUUCCUGUUCCUCCUACGGAAUGUCGAUUGAAUCAGUGAUGGGUAUCUGAAAA